UCUUUCCCUUCUACUUCUAGUGUUGGCACAAAACUCUACUCCGGAUUGAAACUUCAAUCUGCGAGUCCUUUUGGAGCGGCAAAACCUAACGUAACCGCUGAAUUUUACGGAAAAGUUCACAAGGCUCUUCAGUGUCGGUAUGCUAACCACAAUCCAUCAAGGGCACAUAUCCGAAUGAUGCCCAUAGGGACUCCUAGAGUCCCCUAUAGGACACCCGGGGAAGGAACUUGGCAAUGGGUUGAUUUAUGGAAUGCCCUUUAUCGAGAACGUGUUAUCUUCAUUGGACAAGAGAUAGAUGAAGAAUUUAGUAACCAAAUAUUGGCGACUAUGCUGUAUCUUGACAGUGUAGAUAACUCCAAGAAGCUCUAUAUGUACAUCAAUGGUCCUGGUGGUGAUCUUACACCAAGCAUGGCUAUCUAUGACACCAUGCAGAGCUUGCAAAGUGCUGUAGCCACCCAUUGUGUUGGCUAUGCUUAUAAUCUUGCAGCAUUUCUCCUUGCAGCUGGAGAAAAGGGCAAUCGUUUUGCAAUGCCUCUUUCAAGAAUUGCCCUUCAAUCUCCAGCUGGGGCUGCUCGUGGACAGGCUGAUGACAUUCGUAAUGAAGCAAAUGAACUUCUUAGAAUCAGAGAUUACCUUUUCAAUGAGUUGGCUAAGAAAACAGGUCAGCCUGUUGAGAAGAUUACCAGAGACCUGAGUAGGAUGAAACGAUUCAACUCACAGGAAGCUCUUGAAUAUGGGCUCAUUGAUCGUGUUGUUAGGCCGCCACGCAUUAAGGCUGAUGCUCCUCGCAAGGAUGCAGGCACAGGUCUUGGUUAAGAACAUUUGCAACCCACAUUACUGAAUCAAAAUGUUUCUCAUGCAAUAUUUAUUUCCUACGUAAAUUUUUGGAGUAUGUAUAAUAAUAUUUGGAUAGUUAGAACGUGCUGUCUAGAUAUUUAUGUUUGUUUAGAAGUGAAUGAAUUCCAAGUCUUAUUCUUAUUGAAAGCAGUAACAUAAGGUGCAGUUGCUCAA